AUGGGCUGCGCCCAAGAGUUUCCAUACUAUACUAUCCGAUAUACUGACCCUGCGACCACGUCGGGUUCGUUAUCUCGACGGAGUUUCAGUCCCAGAGACUUUCGUCGCAAGCAGCGCGAGAGCCAUCGUGGGGUCGACGACGACGACGACGACGACGACGACGACGAUGAUGGAGAUGAAGAUGAAGAUGAAGAUGACGACGACAGGGAGGGUGGGGAUAAUAAGGGCGGGGAUAAUAAGGGUAGUGGGAACAACAAUGUCAGCGGGAAGGACAGUGUCAGCGGGAGCCAGCCACCUCAAAUGCAGCCAGUGCCUCCCCCUCCCCUUCUUACCAUCGCCCCUGCCCCUCUGACCAUCGCCCCUGCCCCUUCUACCGACAUCGCUCAACCCAUCGUCACCACUGCACUUCCCCCCGUCCUUCCCGUUGCACCUUCCGGUACGCAAUCUCCGCCGGGGUCUCCCUCCCUGCCACCUGCGCAAACAACUUCAACAUCGUCAACCGUACUAGCGACUACCCUGCCGAUAACGGCCACCGCCCUUUCACCCAGCCCUGACAAUGCAGUAGCUAGCUUAACUUCUCUAACUGAUACCUCGCCCUCCGCGUCGAGCACAUCGCAGGGCUCGGCUAUUACUACCCUCUCUACUUCCCCCAUUGGUCCGGCGUCAACUGCUACGAGUACUGACCGAGCACUGCAACCUCAACCUAGUCGACUACCGAUUGUUCUCGGCACCAUUACUGGAGUGUUAGGCUUGUUGGCCAUCUGCUUAGUGAUUUGGUUCUUCUACGCUAAACGUAGAAGGAGAAACCAAAAAGUCGAAUCUCAUAGCUCCUCUAGCCAAUCCUCUCAGGACCUCGAAGCAUGUAAAGAAAAGAUAUCCGAGGAUGAGCAGUUCAGUCGCUUGGGUGGGUUUCGGGGAAGCUGGUCUCCCUCUCAGCGCCAUCUGUCGCUCAUUCGAUCCAAAUCAAAGAGUUCUAGCACGCAGACCAAGACCAAGAAAGAUCGCAUUGUUUCGAUGGGCGGGGUCACCCAUAGCACUGGCACGACUUCGAAUACCGUCUUUGUGAUUGCUGCACCACCGACACUGCAUCCCGGUAGUCAGAGCAAUCCGUCAGCGGAACAACUAUCUUCCCACCAGUUCUAUAAUCCCCUGCGGCCUACACCGCCCCCCAUGCAUACCGCCGACAACAUUUUGCAUCAAGGCGCCGCCCAAAAUGCUCAACUUUUAUUUGGACAUCGGAAUGGGUAA